UUCCAGGUUGGUCGAACGAGAAAUAGAUGUCGGAAUGGGAUUAUACAGCCGGUUGUACGCCAAGUCGACGUGCCUCAGAGCCCUCGAAUAGCCGGUCGAGCCGGUAGGAAGAGUCCCGACCAGAUCCGCGCCGCGAAAAUCCAUCACCGAAAGCGACCCCAGCGCGAAAAUCUUGGCCGGAAUCGCCCCUCGAAGUUGCCGAUUCCCGCUCAUAUUCACCCGGCGCAGAUUCGUCAGCAGUCCGAGAGCCGUCGGCAGGGUCCCAGUCAGGUCGUUGCACGAAAAGUCAACCUUGGUGAGACGAACGAGGCUCCCUAUGGAGGUCGAGAUCGAGCCGGUAAGGAGCGUCGCAUAGGGCGUCGCGGAGCACGGGGAGAAGUCGAGCGACGUGACGUAGUCGUUGGCGUCGCAGGCGACGCCUUCCACGCUGCAGGGGCUCGCGGGAGCGCCGGGGACGGGGUCGGCAACGCCCGCCGCUGUGAGGAUGUUUCGCACGGCUUCGACCUCCGUCGCUUGGGGAAGCAGCUUGGAGGCUUGCGGAAGGACCUCGCUUGCGGCUUGCGGAAGGAUGAUGUGGCGCGCGGAAUGGGUGAAGGGAGGGAGGAGGAGAAACAUCAGCAGGAGGAGGCGCGCCCGGGAAGUGCGGUUCGGCCACACUGACUUAGUAGCCAUGGGAGAUACUAAGUUGGACAGCACGGGAAAUCCUGGUCAGGUACGUAGUAGGACGGUUAUUAGGAACGAUUUCGGGUGGUCCGUUUAGUGGCGGUGGAAAGGGCUGCCUUGGGGGUCGUGCGGUAUUGAGCAGAGUGCAUGACAAUAGAGCAAUGAGACGUGAACCUCGGAGCUGGUUGUUAGCACAAGGACUACUGCGUCUAGCUACGAAUUCUGAAAGAAUGAAGGUUCGGGGCGAGAAUAGAACGCACUUUGUUCUGGACACACUUCUUGCCCCUCGAGGGAAGACGAGGCAUUUCUGGGGGGAGAACCGCGUCUCUCCUCGGCACAUUACUUGUGUCUCGAGCCGCGCCAUUGCCAGCAUUGCGGCAGGAAGAAGGGCGAAGACAGGGUGAGGAAGGAAGGCGCCAGGCUUUGACGUGUGAAUCUCGCUGCGUAUUGGUGGACUCUGCUUGAGUGGUGCCAACGAAUAUUCCAGCCAUGACUGGGGAGAUAUUUACAGACGACUUGUGCACUCAAGUGACCCAUGUUUUGGGCAGGUUGUGGGAUUGGAUUGUGAACCUCUGGUGCUCCAAGGCUAAGAAAGAAACUAUGCCUGGGAAGGAAUAGUGAAGGAGUCGUUUGCUCGGAAACAAGAAGUGAACUUACCUUCGCUUGCUUUGACUAGACUGAGCUGUCAAAUCCUCCCAUGGCGCCUGUUCCAACACCAAGCAACAGGAAUCAUGGGGGACAUUUCACAUCUUCCCCUUCACCAGUCAAAAGCUGGGGAACGAACACAACUUCAGCCCGCGUCAGGCGCGUGACGAGCCGCUGCUGAGUUUGCUGGUUGCCUGCUGCUGUGCUGUGUGGGGCUGGGUUGGGAAAUUUGGGGUGCUUACGUGGCUUGGCUUGGCUUUGUCUUGUCACUCACCAUGGCCUUCCGAAUUCCGCUGUCGACUGGUCUGGGGCUAAAAGGCCGUCCAAUAGAAACAUCUCGGCGGC